CUGGCGUUGCUGCUUCCGGGUAGGCGCCAGGUCUGUGAGCCUUGGGUCCCCCAGCCAUCUGUCGGAGCUAGCAGGGUCACCAUCCUCCUCUGGAAGCAAGAGCUUGGCCCACCAGCUCCGAGCUGAAGGCCAUUAACCUCAGCAUCGUAAUUCGGUGCCAACUGUGGGAGGAUGAGUCAAGAGGGCAACUCAAGUGAUCGGCCUGCUGGCCAAGACCCACUGCUACUGCUGAACACCCUCCAGCUUCUCUGGACAAAGAAAGAGAUGAAGAAGCUCAAGGAAGAAAUCAGGCGGGGCUUUGCGGGACUGGAGGACCCACUGGCAGGGCUGCUGGACAUGCUGGAGAGCAGCGGUGAUUGGAAGGGGAAAGGGCAUUCCCUCGGGUAUUGCAUCAGCAGUGAGCUGCAGCUCUGGAUGAAAGAGCAUCCUGCUGUUCAACAGUCUGGCAUGAAGCUGAAGAAGCUGCAGGCCCGUGUAUUCAGAAUACUAGACCAGUGCCCAGCUAAUCUUCUUGACCCUCUGAUUAGCAUUUACCAGCUCCAUACAGCAGACCGGAACUAUUUGCUUGGACACGUCAGUCAUCUUUAUCACAGGGGCGAUUACAAAGAGGCAGCCAUCCUGAGUAUUAAGCUAAAACUACAGUCAGAUCAAGAUGUGGAGAAGAUGUGUGCACCGCUACUGUUUCAAGACAAAAUUAACCUGGUUGAAGAUUAUGUGGGAGAACAUCCUGAGCUCCAGUGCAGGCUUUUACAGAUACUGGACACCUGGUGUGAACCUGAUUUUAAUAUCAGAGAUAUGGCAAGACAAUAUCAAGGUCUGUCCAGGUACAAGCCAGAUAAACUGAACCGCAAAAUGCUGAGCAAGCUGAUCUUCAGACUCCUGGAGCGAUUUAACGUAGAUCCAGCUCUCUGUCCUAAUGUCAUAAAUCAGCGGCACUUGAGAACUCUGAAUUAUCUCUUUUACAAGAGGUUUGUGGAGAAAACCAUGACUCAGGAGAAUUGGACAGAUCACGUCCAGAGCACAGUUGGAGAGAAUCGAUGGCUUCAGGGGCACCUGAUACAGUUGCUGCUCAGGUACUGUGAUCUGAACGCAGCAGCAAGAUGGGCACAACGCUGCAAUUUGCCUGAGGAGAUGCUGCCUUCUGAAGUGGCUGAUGAGCUUCAAAAGCUUGAGAUCCAAGAGAGGGUAGAAGAGACAACCAAAGAAGAGAAUUACAAAGAGGUUAAGAAGAAGGAUUAUUACCAGCUUCCUAUUCCACGUGCGAAUAUUCACUUACUGCAGAAUUGGGAAGAUAUGAUGCAAUGCUGUGAAAAGGUGCUGCAGCCUGGGCAGAUUGUUGGCAUCGACAUGGAGUGGAGGCCUUCGUUUGGCAUGGUCGGGAAGCCCCGCGUCUCCCUCCUUCAACUCGCUGUGAGGGAUGAGGUGUUCCUGCUCGAUUUGCCACGGCUCCUUGAGCAAGCUGAAGUCAAGGGUGAGAAAGAGAAGCUUCCCCAUAUCAUCCAGAGGCUCUACUCAGAUGCAGCCAUCACUAAACUAGGUUAUGGGAUGUCUGGAGACCUUAGCAGUCUUGCAGCCACAUGCUCCACUUUGAAAGGCAUGGAUAAGCAGUCACAAAGCGUAGUGGACCUACUCACAAUAGACAAACUACUGCAAAAGAGCUCCAUUGACUGGAAGAAGGGCAGCCUGAAGGUCGAUGCGCUGCCCCCAGAGCAGAGCUGUGAAGAUGAAGGGCUCAGGCAGCCAGAAAAAGGGCUCAGCCUCCUGGUGCAACACGUCCUGGGAAAACCACUAGAUAAAACAGAGCAGAUGUCUAACUGGGAGAAGCGACCACUGCGGGAGGAACAGAUCCUCUAUGCAGCUUCAGAUGCAUACUGCUUGUUGGAGGUCUAUGAGAAACUGUGUAAGGAUCCAGAAAGCUUUGGUCUGAGUUCAGACCUGACUGAAAGUCUGGUGGGAAAAGCAAGUGUAAAACCCAGGGCAAAGAAGCAGCUGAAUAAACAAGAGGUACCGUCACCUUCUGGACAGCAAUGCAGAGGAUCUGAUAAAGAGAUCUCACGUCCCCCUGCUCCCAUCUCCCCAAAAGAGUUCAGCGUGGUCUGUGAUAACAUGCUGCAGGGCCUUGGGCGCUAUCUCCGCUGCCUUGGUGUGGACGUCCGGAUGCUGGAGAAUGAGGAUGACCAUAGGAAAGCAGCUGAGAUUGCCAGACAGGAGGGAAGGGUCAUUUUAACCUCUGGACUCCCAUAUCAGACUCUGCAGUCCCAGGUGGGGGAAGGAAGGUGCUUCUCUGUGAACUGCUCGGAAAAGGCCAAGGAGCAGGCGCUGCAGGUGCUGAAGCACUUCAACGUUCGCGUGACGCUGGCGGACAUCUUCAGCCGCUGCCAGAAGUUGUCUGCUGGCGAUUGCCAAAUUGCAAAGCAAGAGGAUUCACAUGGGGAAUGAAGGAAAAUACUCUGUGAGAUGUAUUUGAUCAUCUGAGUUAAAUAAUCCUCAGACAUCCUCAGACACCAUCCCAAGUGGUAAAAUUGCCGGCACACCCAGAGAAUUCAGAAUUGAGACUCGGCUGCAUUACGCAGAGCUUUCAGACAGGGAUGCUGGUGCUGAGGAAGAAGCUGCUGCCCAGAAACCUGCUGCCUGCAGCUUUGCACCUUCCAGCAAAGCUGCUCUGACAGUGCUGCUCUUCUGCAGGUGAGGAGAUGGAAGCCACUGCCACUGCAGCAACGCACCUCAGCUCUGCCAUUGCACUUGCCCAAAUCAAUCCACUCAUUUGGAAGAGAUGUGGCAGGGCAACAAGCUGCAGGACGGCAGGUUUAGCCCAGCUCUCCCUGGAUCAUAAAGCUUUCCUGGGUGCUUCUGAAAACCCGGCUCAUGUGGAUGCUCACCUUUACAGAAGGUCCAUGCACUGAAUUCAUUGGGUUUGGAUUCCGCAGCGUUUGGCCCAGCAUUCCUACUGGCACUGAGACUUGGGGGAAUUGAGGUGAACUCAGCGGGAGUGUUUAGGAAAUAGGGCGAGCCGGGUCUGGGUUGAUAGAAGUAUUUUGUGGAGAGUCCCGCUCUCUCUGAAGUCACAUCAGAUUUGCUGCUGCCCUUAGUGGGACAGUGAAUGGGUCCCUGGUUUCCACUGAGCUGAAACACAGCCUGCACUCAUCCUCUCUCACCUGCAGCUCUUCAGCCACGGUUGCUGCAUCACCACGGGAAGUUUCACCAGCGGUUAACUGAAAUGUCGCAAGCCUCCAAUCUGAUGUGAAGCUGGAAGUAAACUCUGAAUUCGCCUACGCUCACAACUGAAGGUCAUGUGUUCAUAAAACCAUGACAGCAUCUUCUCUGGAUUAGAAGAGGGAGAAAAAGAGGCAAAGUUGUCUGUGAUGAAGCAUUCUUCCCCUUAGGAAGUCCUUCAGAGCCUCUUCAGAGGCACCAUCAAUAGAGAUGAAUUGCAGACCAUUCCUCUGCACCCAACAAGGGCAAUGGUUAUAGAACUUCCUCUAAUUACAUACAAUUGGUUUUGAAAUUAAAUGAUCUGGAAUAUCAGUGAGUGACUCUGAGCAGCAUCAUUGGGUAAAGGAAAGUAGCAGCCUGUUGGAAGGAGGUAAAGGCACAGAAACAAUUAUGGCAGCGACUAGUUUCAAGGCUUGUGAAGACAGUAUAAAUGGGGCCAGUUCAAUCAGUGCAUGCAGAUGGUUCCCCAGUUGAUUCCUGCACUGCAGCGCUGUGUUCUGGCAGCUGCCAGGUGCUGGGAGCACCUUUGGCUUCUUUAAGGGCAAAGGCUGAGCAGUGUGUGCUGAGGCAAAGUGGGCAGAUGUCAGUCCUUCCCAUUUUCAGUGUGAAGUAAUAGAAAGCAGAGCUGCUGCUUCUCUGUGCUCUCCCCAGGAGUCUGUGACUUUAUUCAUUCAUAAAUAUACUGUCUGGGCUGCCCUGUCGUGCCAAGUAUGCAACUGUCUGGGUAAAAAUGUGCAAACAAGGUGUGCCUGAUUCCUGCAUGUAGUUACCAUAACAAGUGCAAACAUGCGGUAGGAAUUUGAAUACACGAAUGAACAGACAUCUAGAUGAGCAGAGAAUUGAAUGCAGAGACCUGAUUUGAGCAACACGUCGUGGCAUCUGUUUGUGUAAAUUAUGUGCACCACUGCACACAGAUUUUGAAACUGUUUCUGAGGAAUGUAGGUAUUUCUAUGUAUUAGACCACAAAGCUUAUCUGAGUUCCCCUUUUUAACCACAGUGAUGAGAUCACUGGAAAAAGAGUUACCCACUGCUCAUCAUCCUUCCUCAUUUUGUAUGUGUUAAACAUCAUGCAGUGAUUAGAUCAGAGCUUGGCUGUCUAGGGAAAACAAGAUCCAGAAAUGAAGAAGGAAGGAUGAGGGGACCCCUAAACUGCAGAGCUGCAUUGGGAGCAGGAGGAGGGUUCCCUGCAUGUGCACUGCAAAGAGAUGGAAAACAUACAGAAUCCAGCUCCUGAGCUCCAGGAGCCCACAGCUUUUGGGGGGGGGAGAGGCGGCCGGUCUGGGAAGGACCUCGGUGCCCUCUCCAAGCCACCCAUCCUUUGUCACUGCCAUGAACAGCAGCAGGAUGGAGCCUAAAGCAGCACAACGCCGCAGGGAUCUCUGCUUGCCGACCCCUGGCUGCUCCAUCCCUGGGGGUCUGUGCCAGAGAUUCUUCUUUCAGGGCUGUUGCAUUUUUUGCUGUAUCGUACGUGCGCCCUUCCUCGUGCACUUUCCUCAGACAGAGGGCAAGAAAGGACUCUGACCCCUGGGGCGCCCCGACCUGCAGCCAGCCUGGAGCUGCAAACCUGUCCAUUACCGUGCUUAUUGUGCUUAAUGCUGUCUGCUCUGCCACUUCUAAAUGUGGUUUACAAAUACCUGGACUUGGCCACAAGCAUGUGCAGUCUGAGACCAGAUGAGAGCCUGCUGCUUGCUGAGCAUUUCCAGCUCAGCUGUUGUUUGGGCUCCUGGGUAGCAUCAGGGCUGCCCGUGCUCCUCAGCUCCACUGUAGCAGCAGACGUUUCUGUUAUUACUGUGCUGUGCUGAAGAGGAAAUGCUGUUUCCUUUUUUGGAGCUUUUAAAGACUCUUAUUUUUCAAAGUGUCUUUUAGAAAUGCAGCUUGGAAAAUGGUGUUUGAUUAGCAUAUGCUCACUGCCACCGGACAGCUGAAGCAAUGGAACGAGGGCAAACUAUGUUUAGUGACGUAAUGCGUGCAAAAAAUUCUGGGGAAAAAAUUUAAUAUAAUAAUAAAAAAAAAGACAUGGAACGCAAAUGAUUUGUCUUCUUGCAGGGUUACAUGCAGCACAAAGGAGUUCACAGGCUUGGUUUACCGCAUCAGCCAACAAAUAACUGUGUCAGCAUAUACUUGGGCACAGUGCGUGCAGGGCUGGGUGCAACACCCCGAGCUGACAAGAAAAGGGACGAGGGCUGACAUGGACGUGUGCCUGCAGAGAGCAGCGUAACCUUGGGGCACAGCUGUUACUUCCCCAGCAUCCCCUUUUUCCUUGUUACUUUGCUGUCAUAGAAGAAUGUUGGGGAUGCUGAGUGUGACCCUACCAUAACCCUGAGAAAGUAGGCUGUGCUGCAGGUGCCUGGGCACAAUGAACGUGAUGGUACAGCUGUGCAUUAUUUCUCACUUUUAUAUUUUGUCUUGAAUCUUUUCACCCAUUUAUGGAUGCUUCUGCUGCCUUAAGUCCCCAUCCACUUUC